AUCGAAUAAUUUCGCAUUUGACAACUUCCCAGACAAUUGUCAAAAGUAUUUUAGCUACGUUAGCUAGUGCAAUCGCGUCUGGGAUAUUGCCUGGUGUGUCCUGCAUUCUUUUUAUCUAAUCGUGACCAAAUUAUUAUCCAGUUCCUCAUUUCUUGUGCAAACGAAGAAAACAAUUAAAUACCACAAAUGGCUUAUCAGGGAGGUUAUCCGCAACCGCAGUACGGAGGAGGCUAUGGGCAGCACCCAGCAGCAGCUGCGGGCUAUGGGCAGCAUCCGGGAACUGCAGCGGGCUAUGGCGCUUAUGCGCCUCCGCCCCAACAACCUGCGGUGAACCCAGAGAUUCAGAAUAUUUUCCGCAACAUCGACAAGGACAACACCGGCCGAAUCAACAACCGGGAGCUCCAGCAGGCGCUUAUCAACGGUCGCGGUGAUCACUUCUCCGACACGGCUUGCAACUUGAUGAUCAGCAUGUUCGAUCGGAACAAGGUUGGCACGGUGGACAUCUACGACUUUGAGAAGCUGUACAACUACAUCAACCAGUGGCUGCAGGUGUUUAAAAACUUUGACCGCGACGCGUCUGGUCAUAUCGAGGAGUCCGAGCUCACUCAAGCCCUCACCCAGAUGGGCUUCCGCUUUUCGCCGCAGUUCAUCCAGUACCUAAUCACGAAGAACGACCCGGUCAAUCGAAAGGAAAUAUCGGUCGAUCAGUUCAUUGUGACCUGCAUCCAGAUACAGCGCUUCACCGAUGCGUUCCGUGUGCGCGAUACUGAGCAGAAGGGCGUCAUUACGAUCGGAUUUGAGGACUUUCUCGGCAUUGCUCUUUCGAUGUGUUCCUAAAAGUGUGCGUACCGUCGGACUAGAAGGCGAAGCUGAUUCGACGCUCUGAUCGCAACGAAAUUGUUGAACAAAUGUAACAUGCAACCAACAUGGGUAAUCGAUCUUCUUUGAACGUUUAGGCACACUCGAGAUGAUACGUUUAGUAUUCUCACAAGUACACAGAUCCAAUUAUGCAAGCAUGGAAAGAAUGUUGAUGAUGAUAAUGAUGAAAAGCCUUAUUCAGUUAAAUGAAAUACGCUUUUGUGAGAAAGAAUCAAAAUAGUGCAUUCAAAUGAACCAUUACCAUAAACGGAGGAAGAACGGCGUAGAUCGAUCCUAUUAUUGUAAUAACACAGAAACAAUCAACGUAACUAAAUGCCGAAAGUAACCGUUAACAUCAUAACUUACUCCAUACCAAAACACCAAACGCAUCUCAUCUCAAGUUAAUCCAGUUGAAAAGCAUUUCAAACGGCGAACGAAAGCUAAAACGACCACAAUACCACUGUUCAGAAUCGCGACACAAGUAUAUGCUACACAUAUAAUUUCAGUUCUCUCAAUAAACCGGCACGGGGAAGGAUGCUGUGGAACAUGCUCAGAGGCGAAGCGGGCAGCAGUACAUACAUACACGCAUUUCUAGCAUAAGGUUCGGUUCGUACGGUGCCGGAAUUGUAUCUUUGAGUUGAUUGGCAAUGGUUUCUGCGCAUUGGAGCUAUCGUCUUAUAUGGUAAUAAGAGUUUCGUUAUCGUCAAGAUACGUGGCAUGCCGAGAACUGCAUUCUAUUUUAACUAUCAGAAAUAAAUGUACUAUUAUCUACUCCAUGUUUGCAAUAUUAAAAAAGAGAGAAAAGCUAAA